AUGCUUCCUAUCGCACCCAAAGUGCCCAAAACCGCAGCAGAGCAGAGUGAGACAUCGCGGCUGAUCGUGGUUUUGGAGGCGGCGUCGCUGGAGACGUACAAGGUUGGAAAGAGCAAGGACGCCAAGUACCAGCUGCUUAACUGCGAUGACCACCAGGGCAUUCUAGCCAGAAUGGGCCGAGACAUUUCCGAGUCGCGUCCUGACAUUACACACCAGUGCCUGCUUACCUUGCUGGACAGCCCGCUGAACAAGACGGGUCGCCUCCAGGUGUAUAUUCACACCACCGGUGAUGUGCUCAUUGAGAUUAGCCCGCAGGUGCGCAUUCCCCGGACGUUCAAGCGCUUUUCGGGCCUGAUGGUGCAGCUGUUGCACAAGAUGUCUAUUCGCUCGGUCGACGGCCACGAUAAGCUGCUAAAGGUGAUUAAGAACCCUGUGUCGCAGUAUCUUCCGCCUGACGCCGUCAAGAUGACGUUUUCAUACGACGCGCCGACCGUCCACUUGCAGACAUGGAUGCGCCGGAAACUCAAGCCAAACCAGAGCAUCGUCGUGGCCAUUGGAGCGCUGGCGCACGGCAAGGACAACUUUGCCGAUGCCUACGUUGACGAGAAAAUUGGUAUUUCGGAGUACCCGCUUAGCGCGUCUGUCGCUUGUGGCAAGCUGACCUGCGCACUGGAGGACAUGUGGGGUAUUCUUUAA